AUGGCUUACCCAACUCUUGCAGAAGAGAUCGAGGAUCUGAUCAUUCUCAGGCUCCAGCCCGAGGACGUCCCUACGCGUCGACGCAUGGUUGAGUCCGCUCUAGGCAUUUAUGCAAGGACUAGCAGCGUUCUCGCUUUGCUGGAUGGCCGGCCGGUUGCGUUCUACCACGAAGCCUCCAGGAAAGCCUUCACCCUUACCGGAGUGCCUGUGGAACUCCGGGCGUGCCGACUAGUCUCGAUGCCACGCAUUCCGACCCUAGACCGCAAGCUGGAGCGUAGCGGACUGGCUCCGCCACAGCACAACAGUACUCCUCCAACGACCUCGCACUCGAGGUACGGUGGUAGCAGCGGUGGCCACUAUUCGAGCACUGCUGAUCCUGGCGACAACUAUUACUACACCACCGAGGUUCGUAGCCCUGCGGGUUCUUCAUCAAGCCAUGGUAACCACGGUUCCUCCAGUCACAACACUCACAGCCACGGCUCCUCCAGUCACAGCACUCGCAGCCAUGGAUAUCCUAGUUCAGCCCAUUACCACACGGAGACCCGGGCGCCCCCGAGCUCAUCCCGUGGACACACCUCUGGUACUUCCCACAGCUACGUCUCUGGCUACACCCCUAGCCACACGUCUGGCAAUACCACCGGUACACGCCGUCCGGAAACCUCAUCCGGUCCCUCUUCCGGUUACAACACGGAGACCAGAACUCCAGAUGGCCACCACCAUCAGAGCAGCAGCGACCGCAACCCGAUGGACCCUCCUCCUAACCCUCGAUCCGGCGACAGACCCUACUUUACCGAGACGCGCGGCCCCUCCUCCAACAGCACCUACAGCUCGUCAUCCAGCGGCCCCGGCUCCAGCACCAGUGCCGGCGGUGGUUCCCACAACAGCUCGUCGUCCACCCGCUCCUCUCCCCCGCCUCGCCCCGCCCCUCCAUCCCAUCCUCCCUCGCCCCCUUCCAACGGCACCGAAGCCGACAAGAUGGAGUGGCUCCUGAAGACCCCAUUCGGAUUCUACGACAUCAUGGGCGUCUCCCGCAGCGCGACCGAGGCCGAGAUCAAGCGCGCGUACAAGCUGCUGGCCUUCAAGCACCACCCGGACAAGCAUUCUGCUGCCGGCGCGGCGGAAAAGGAGCAGGCGAACAGACGCUUCAAGGCUGUUGGCGAGGCGAACGAGUGGCUGAGCGAUGCGGAGAAGAGGGAACUGUAUCAUCUGAGGGGGGGCACGGUGCCGGAGUGA